AUGUCGUCGCUCAACUUCAUCUAUCGGUUAAUGUGUUACAUUAUAGCGAUCUCUCAAUUAUGUGCAAGUUGUCAAGGUAUAAUUGUCCAUAUUCAAGAUAACUUGAAACAUGAUACAGUAAUUGUUGAUCUGAAUAGACAAUUAAAUAGCGUUCAAGCCGAUUACCAACUACUUCCACUUGGUAAUAAUCAUGCGGAAAAUAAUUUGUUUACAAUCCAUGCUAAGACUGGCAAAAUGAUAACACGAAAAGAUAUUCGUUGUUCUGAUUUAAAGUCCAAUCCAUUGUCUUAUUUAAUACGUUUACGUCCAACAGGCUUAUCCAGUCAAAAAUUAACUCACUUAAACAAAAGAUUAAUACCCAUCACCAUUUAUACUCAUGGUAGCCGAUGCCGACUUCAAGAUGCAAGAAAAAAGAUAAUUAAUACUAAUUUUGCAACAUUAAAUCAUCAAGGUGAGGCGUAUUUAUUCUUAGCCGAAAUUUUCCCUGAUGUUGCAUUGAAACGUAUCGUCGGCCAAGUUGAACCAGUUGAACGAUCCGCACAACGCCAUAUCGUUUUAACACCCAUUUCCAAACGAAUUGUUAAAAUUUAUUGUAAGGCUUUAACGGAUCCAUCCAAGACUGCCUCAUUAUGUUCUCGUCCAUUUCAUUUACAAGUUGUUACACGUUAUCAACGUUCAUUAAAUGUCAAUUUUGCUAAAAUUCACUUAAUGACAGAUUAUCAAAUUAAUACCAAUCAUGAUCGACAGAAUCAAAAGGUAAUCAAUCAUCAUCAACGACAUCAAUUAGUUGAAUGGUAUAAUCGUUUACCAUCCAAGAAUAAUCCAAUUCUGGAACAUCAUCGUAAUCGACGUAGUAUACGUUCCAAGCGUGAUGUCAUUGCGCCAGUAUUUACUCAAUCUUCUUAUUCUAGUUCCAUCUUUGAAAAUGAACCAUCUGGUACAACUGUUCUCACUGUUAGUGUUCGCGAUAAAAGUGCACCCGGUUUAACGUAUUCGAUGGCUGCUGUCGGCGAUUUAAGAAGUAACAGCUUAUUUGGUAUUAACUCAGUUAGUGGCGCUAUCUAUACUGUCAAUUAUUUAGAUCGUGAAGAAAUUGCAAAACAUCAGUUUACUGUUACCGCAACAGUAAACGAUGGUACAACAACAUUGUUUUCACGCGUAUCCGUUACUAUUGAUGUACUUGAUCGCAACGACAAUGCACCACGAUUUGAAUCACCAAGUUAUCAAGUUAGUAUACCCGAAGAUAUCCCAAUUGGUACUACUGCAUUACAAGUGCGUGCUCAAGAUAACGAUGCUAGUAGUAAUGCUCGUGUCACAUAUUCAAUCGUUAAUAGUGCCGGCAUUAAUUCAGCCUUUCGUGUCGGUGUUACAUCCGGUGCAAUUAUUAUCGAUCGUAGUCUUGAUCGUGAAAUAACCGAUCGUUAUCAUUUAGAAAUUCAAGCAACGGAUAGUGGUACUACACCGAAAUUUGCACGUUCUAAUGUCACUAUUAUUGUCACUGAUGUGAACGAUAAUCCACCCCAAUUUACACAAAAAAAUUACAAAGUAACAAUUGCUGAAGAUGCUAAAAUUAAUACGUUAGUUACAACUGUGCGUGCUACCGAUCCAGAUAAUGAUGAUAACGCUGAUAUACGCUAUAGUUUAGCUGGUCAGAAUAAAUUUACGAUCAACCCAACCAAUGGUCGGAUUACAUUAAUUGCAUCUCUCGAUUACGAACAACAACAAAGUUAUACGUUAGAUGUAACAGCUAAAGAUCGCGGUAGACCAUCACUAUCGAAUACUACAACAGUCGUUGUCUCGGUCACCGAUGUUAAUGACAAUCAGCCUCGAUUUAGUUCCAAUGUAUAUCAAGCCAGUGUAAAAGAAGAUAUUCCCGUUGGUAGUAGUGUUUUACCUGUACAUGCGUUUGAUGCUGAUUCCGACCAAAAUAAACAAGUACGUUACAGUAUACAGCGAGGAAGUGAAGAAAUUCCAUUCAAUGUUGACAGUGUCAGUGGUGUUAUAUCAACUGCUCGACCGUUAAAUUAUGAAUCCAAAAGUCAAUACAGCUUUUUUAUCAUUGCUACUGAUGGUGGUACACCACCAUUAUCAAGUUCAGCACAAGUAACAGUUACCGUUGUGGAUGUCAACGAUAAUGCACCUAAAUUUCCCAAAUCAAUUUAUAAUGCCGAUGUACGUGAAGAUGAAAAAGUUGGCCGACAAAUUGUUCAAGUAACAGCAACCGAUGUCGACUCAAAAACGAUCUAUUACAGUAUAGUAUCAGGUAACGUUCGUAGCCGAUUUGGUAUAGAUCCACAAGGCUACAUUUAUUUAGCAGCACCAAUUGAUUAUCUCCGCGAAAAGGAAUACACGUUAGUGGUUCAAGCGUCUGAUUUACUGUUAAAUAGUACAGCAACGGUUAAGAUGAGAGUGAUCGAUACCAAUAAUCAUGCACCGACAUUUGAUCGAGCCUAUACAGCUGAUAUCUAUGAAGAUACUGCCAUCGGAACAGUUAUUUUGACUGUGACCGCUAAAGAUGCUGAUGCAAAUGAGAAUGCUCGAUUAACGUAUCGAAUUGUAACUCCUGUACGUGAAUUUAAAAUUGAUAGCAAGAGUGGUGCAAUAUCAAUUGCUGCUGCCCUUGAUCGGGAAACACGUAGCACUUUCUCGUUAGAAGUUAGAGCUAGUGACAACGGUGUACCGUCGCUGAGUGGCCGAACAGAUGUGGUUAUUUCAAUCUUGGAUUCUAACGAUAAUGCACCAGUGUUUUCACAACCAUCUUACAAUGCAUCAAUUGCCGAAGAUGUUGAAAUUGGUACAAGAGUACUACAAGUCGCCGCUACAGAUAAAGAUGAAGGCGUUAAUCAACAAAUCCAUUUUGAAUUAGCUGAAAAUGAAAAUGGUAAUGGUACAUUUGCAAUUGAUGGUUCAACUGGUGUUAUACGUACUGCUAAAGCAUUAGAUCGUGAAACUGUUCCAGAAUAUACUAUUGUAGUAACUGCUAUCGAUAAAGGAAGACCUCCUAAGCAUAGCUUUGCUACCGUUAAGAUAACUAUAACUGAUGUUAAAGAUAGCCCACCAGAAUUUUAUCCAAAAGAGUAUGAUGCAUACUUACCGGAAAAUUCACCUGCUGGAACAACUGUUGUCCAAUUGAAUGCUACUAGUAAAGAUGAAGGGACAAAUGCUUUCAUUACUUAUGAAGCUACUAGUGGAUUUGAACCACGCAUAUUCCAUGUUAAUAGUAGUAAUGGUGUUGUAACAACAUUGCGACCAUUAGAUUUUGAAAUACGACGCACGUAUCAAAUAAGGGUUCGAGCACAGUCACCACCAUUUUUUACCGAAACAACGGUAACAAUCCAUAUUAUUGAUGUUAAUGAUAAUCCGCCAACAAUCCAAAAUUAUACCUUUUUGCUUAAUUACUUUCCUGAUUAUUAUCCAACAGCAAGCGUUGGUAAAUUGAAUGCUACCGAUCCUGAUAUAUCAGAUACAUUAACAUUUGCCAUCAUUCAAGGUAACAAUGAUCGUUUGCUACAAUUAAAUCGUACUAGUGGUGAAAUAUACUUAUCACCAAGUGCUGGUAAUGUUCAAGAAUCUCGUCAAAUGACAAUAUCAGUUAGUGAUGGAAUCCAUGUCGCUAGAUCAACAUUAAGUCUUAAAGUGAUUGCUGUUACAUCGGAUACAUUAAAAAAUAUUGCUGUUCUCCGUUUUACUAAUAUUUUACCGGAAACUUUUAUUACCAAUAUGACAUCAUUAUUAACUAAUACUAUUGCUGGCAUUAUGCGCUGCCAAUCUCGCGAUAUCUAUAUUUUAAAUGUUCAACAAGAUGAUGUCGCUGGUCAAAAUAUUUUAAAUGUAACUAUCUCAGGUUGGGAUCGUACCAAUAAUCGAUAUUACUUACAAAAUUACUUUCGUGAUAGUAUCUAUAUUUAUCGAGAGCAGUUAUUAGCAAAAGGUUUUAACUUACUCCCGUUUGAUGGUGGUUAUUGCUUGCCACAACCAUGCAGUCCAAAUUAUGAUUGUGUUGUUAAUUUUGGAGCUUCACUUGAUAAUGCAGUUGUUUCGACACCUAAGAUCAUUGUCCGUAACAUUAGACAAGCUAAACGUUAUGCUUGUGAAUGUCCUGUUGGGUAUACCGGUUUACGUUGUAAUAGAAUGCGUAAUUUAUGCCGUUCUAAUCCAUGUGGCAACAAUGGCAAAUGUGUCAAUAUCGAAAAUGGGUAUACUUGUAUAUGUAACAGUGGUUAUGCUGGUAUUAACUGUGAAAUUGGCUCAUGUGCAAGUCAACCGUGUAAGAAUGGUGCUUCAUGUGUUGAAAAUGCUAAUGGGCAGGGAUUUUAUUGCACAUGCCCAAAGUAUUACGGUGGACCACUAUGUGAUGCUAUCGAAAGAAGUUUCCCUGGUAAUUCUUACGUUACUGUUGGGGGUAUUAAACAAAGAUGGCGUUUAGAAAUUUCUGUACAAUUUGCAACAAUCCACGACAACGGCUUAUUGUUAUAUAACGGUCGAUAUAAUCAUCGAGGUGAUUAUUUAGCGCUUGAACUUAUUAAUGGUAAAGUUCGAUUAUCGUUUUCAACUGGAACUGAUAAAUAUAGUGCGACAGCAAAUAUUGAAGGAAAUGUUAACGAUGGUAAAUGGCACACUGUAUCCGUUAAAUACCUGAAUCAAGUUGCUAGUGUAUCAAUUGAUUACUGCGAUACAGAUUUAGCUAUAAGAUAUGGCUCAACAAUUGGUAACUAUUCAUGUGCAGCUACUACUUUAAGCCAAGAUCAAGGCAAGUCACUUGAUGUUACAGCACCAUUACAAAUUGGUGGUGUACCUACUAUAAGGGAUACUUAUCCAAUGGCAUUUAAGAAAAAUGAUUUUGUUGGUUGUAUUAGAAAUUUGUACAUCAAUAGCAAGUUAAUUCCAUUAGACAAUUUUUAUGUCAACAAUGGUAGUGUUAUUGGUUGCCGUCAGACGGAUCAACGUUGUCAGGGUGGUUCGAUUUCACCUUGUUCAUCUGGUGCUGAAUGUGUUGAUGUUUAUGAUGGAUUCAGGUGCCGAUGCCCUGCAAAUAUUGGAGGAAAAACAUGUCAAGACACUAUUGUCCGUACUUGGAGAUUUACCGAUCAAAGCAUUAUUAUUUAUCCUUUACCACCACUGCAAAACACUAUUACGGCACCAUGGUCACUAUCACUGAUAUUUCGUACACGGUUGAGGAAUGCAUAUCUUAGUUAUAUGACAGAUAGUCAGCGCGAUAUUGUACUGAUGAUUGAGAAUGGACUAUUAAAAUAUAAAUUUGGAAAUUAUGAGACCGUGGUGAAGUAUAUUCGGGUUAACGAUGGAGAAUGGCAUGAAGCUAGAAUUGAAUGGGAAAAAAGUGGAGUUUUUCUAAAACUUGAUUAUAAUAGUUAUCAAGCGUCAUUUCAACUAGAUCUUUCUCGACCAGUUCAAAUUAAUCAAAUUAUGUUUGGUGGGAAUCGUGUGAUUAAUAGUUCAACAAGUAUUGCUACUAUUCAAAAUGGUUUCGACGGAUGUAUGCAAGGCAUAGCAAUUAAUGAUCGACAAAUUGCUGUAACAAGUUUUACUGUUCAACAAAACGUUGGAGCUAAUUGUAAUAUUGGUAAUCCUUGUGCUUCUAAUCCUUGCCCCUCACAAAGUUCAUGCGUCGCGGAGUGGAAUCGCUACACUUGCAAAUGCAGCACUGGUUAUGUUGGUCCAAAAUGUAUCAGUGCAUGCAGUCUUAAUCCUUGUAAAAAUAAUGGACGAUGUGUAAUGAAUGUAAAUGUACAUUAUGGCUAUGAAUGCCAAUGUAAUAAAGGAUUUCAAGGUCGAUUUUGCGAAACUCAAUUUGGUGAUAAGUGCCAACCAGGUGAAUUCGGUACACCAGGAUUUUGUGAACCUUGUGCGUGUGACAGAAACAAAAAUUUUUCUCACAUUUGUAAUAUUACAAGUGGUGAAUGCAUAUGUGAGGACAAGUAUUGGAAAGAUUCUAAUUUAGAUAGUUGUAGACCAUGCGAUUGUUACCAAUACGGUUCCACUUCACCAAUUUGUGAUAAAAAGACCGGCUCUUGCACCUGUAGACCAGGCGUUACAGGGGAUAAAUGUAACUUGUGUGUAAAUAAAACGUCAGAAAUUUCAACUGAUGGUGGUUAUGGAUGCCGAGUUGUUAGAGGUGCUUGUCCUAGAUCAUUUAGUGGUGGCUUGUGGUGGAAUAGAUCACGAUUUAAUGCUACCAUUACCAUGGAUUGUCCUAAUGGUGCCUCAGGAAAAGCAAGUCGUGUCUGUAAUGAAAGUACAAGUUGGCAAGAUCCAGAUACAUCAGCAUGCACUAGUAGAGUGUACUUACGUUUACAAAGCCAGUUUGAUGGCUACAAACAAAACCCAACAUUUACUGGUCUACAAGCGGUAUUGAAUGAUUUAAAUCAGCAGUUGAAGACGUCAGGACUGUCAUUUGAGCAUGAUAUCAACAUCUGCCUUGAUGUAGUAAAUAAUGCCCUAUCUUACGGUCGCCAACUAUUGGGACGUAGCAAUCAACGAGCCAACACUAAUGAAGUCAACACAAUUACAGAGAAGUCAUUUAAUGCUAUCAGUGAACUACUAUCACGUAACAAUUUAGAUAAAUGGAGUAAAAAGAGUAACAGAAGUUCCACUUUAUUGUCAUCAGUAAAUGAUUAUACCAACGACCUUGGUAAAGCAUAUAUUAAAGAUAAGAGUAUCAAUAAUGCUAUUACGUAUCCGAAUGUUAUGAUGCGAAUUGAAGAAAUUAUUGUAUCACAGUACAACGGUUUAACUUUGCCAAGGCCUAGCGAUUCUGGUAGCGUAUCUAACAUUACUGACCGAAUUUCUUUACCGAAUGACUUAGUUAAGAAAGGAAGUUCGGACGAAUCGGUGCCCAUUGUAUAUUUAAAAUUUGAUACGAUUGGUCAAUUAUUGCCUGGAAAGUCUGAUGUUGUGGCUCCAUAUGAUAUAAUGGUAACUAGUACAGUAUUAUCGUGUAAAGUCGUUGGGGUCGAUACAUCAUCAUUGAGUUCUCCUAUUACUCUGACUCUGUCUAAUACCAAAAAAGUAUCAAACGUGCAAGCACAUGAAUGCGUUUACUGGAAAAAGGAUCUUAAGCUAACAGAGGGUGGACGUUGGUCAACAGAUGGCUGUUCAUUGAUUUCACGCGAUUCGAGCAAAACUGUUUGCCAAUGUAAUCACUUGACAGACUUUGGUGUUUUGUCAAGGUAUAGGUCGAAACCUUUGCCUAGUGUCACACCUAUCAAACUUGAGCUAGUUACGUAUAUUGGUAUUGGGAUAUCGUUAUUAUUGCUAGUGUCGGUAUUCUUAUGUUUAACGGUUAUGAGAAGUGUCAAUGGUAGUACUAAUACGAUCCAUUGUCAUAUUUUAAUUAAUUUAAUACUUGUUGAAUCGCUAUUCUUAAUUGGAAUUACGCAAACUGCAUCGACGAUGAUCUGCAUUGCCAUUUCGACAUUGUUACACUUCUUUCUACUUGUUGUUUUUUCGUGGAUUUGUAUUGAAAGUAUUUAUAUGUAUCGUAAAUUGAAAGAGACUAAGAAAACUACCAAGUGCCAUUUAUUGUUUUGCUUAUUACCGGGUUAUGGUAUUCCGGCGGCAAUUGCAACUGCCACUACGGCCAUUUCAUUAAGUUAUUAUCAUAACAAACGAUAUUGCUGGCUCUCGGUUGAACAUGGUUUAAUAUGGAGUUUGGGAUGUCCAGCAGCAUGUAUUAUUGGUAUUAGUUUGGUAUUCUUUUGCCUAACGUACCAUAAAAUAAGAUUUAGAUCAAAUUCAAUGACACGAUGGAACAGAAAAGAGAUCGACAGUGAUAAAUUUGAUUUAAGAUCAGGAAUGCUUAUAUUACUCUUUAUCACAGCUGCUUGGGUAUUUGGUGUAAUUGCUGUUCAGAAUGAGACAGUUUAUUUUCAAUAUAUUUUUACUAUGGUCAACUUCAUUAAAAGUGCGUGCAUAUUAAUAUGCUACUGUAUUAGCAAUGAAUCUGUAAGAAGCGAACUCUCUGCACGCCUCUGUGGUAGAGAAGGAACAUACUAUACUGGCACAAUUGAUAAAGGUCAGUUGAAUGGGCAUCGAAGUAACGGAUUAAAUGGACAUUUCAAUGGUCGGAUUGAUACUAGUCGUGGCCACGGAUUCGCUGGACCAAAUGCUUAUCCUGUUGCUCGAUCUUAUGAUCAUGUUGAUGGCAGUAAUGUUCUUGGUGUACCCGAUAAUGAGGCAUGGAGAGAAUUUACUGAUGCAUAUGAAAAAUCAGCGAUAGCUGCUGAUGGCGAUAGUGUUGGUUCAAGUUCUGAAGAAGAAGAUGUCAGAGAAGUAUUAGAACAGAAUUAUGCGUCGACAUCAUCAGAUGAUGAAAAAGGAAAUUGGAAAGCACCUAGUCGGCAGGCAUCUGUGCCGCCGAAUCAAGACGGUAGUAGAAGCGCUACUCCAUCAGGGUCUCAGGUUGAUAAAUCACAGGAAUCAGUCAGCGUUCAUUCGUCCAAGGAAUCACUACACUCGCAUGAGCCACAGGUAUUACUGCGUCAAAAUCAAUUGAUACCAGCAAGGAGCUCUUCACAUGUGUACUCUACCAUCGAUGAAACUAUGUUAGAACCGACAUCACCGGUAUCGCCUGUUUCUCCGAAAAAUAAAGUUAUUGCUAAGGGUUCAGAGAAAGUUGUUGUACGUAACAACGUACCGACGUCGUUUAGUUUCCAGGAGGAUAGGAUCAAUCCUCCUAAUUGUCGAAGUAAUCCACCAGCAAAUAAGCGCCCUGGCUCUAGCUUUUCUGGAAUGCAACCUCCACUGGCUAUCGAAGAAGAUGAAGAUGACGAUAUGGAAGUCACUUCCUUUCCAAACAAAUCCUAUGAUAAGCAACAGCAUGCACAACCUCCUCGUAGUAUAUACGCGAAAUCUUCCGUUGCUCACCAGAAUGAAGCUAGCAUGAUGCCCGGUGGACCUCGGCAUCUUGUUCCCAAACCACCCAUGCGCAAGGGACAUCCACAACCACCACCUAGAUCCAAUCCGGUUAAGCCAAUGCGUCAACAAGCGUCGCUUUCCACUUUUGAUGCGGAAUCAGCUGUUUCGAGUCAAGGAAGACCUAGUCAGAGAUCACGACAUGGCAAUGGCCCUGUUGCUGUUCAACAUAGUGUAUCAGAUGCGGCUAUUUCAUUCCAUAAUAAUCUUUCUUCUAGUGGUGAAUUACGAAAUUCUAAGCAAAAUGAUCUCCAUCGGUCCUCACACUCGCUAACAUCUUCUAAUGGUUCUGAUGCUAUAGCAAUUGCUGUAAGGCGUGGUUCAUCAUCAACAAAGUAA